AUGGCUACAUUUUUUCACCUCCCUCGAGAGUUGCGGCACAUCAUUUACCAGCUCUACGUCAUGUCCGACGGAGGCUAUGUCCUCAAUCCCGAAACCAACAAACUCAGAGAUGCCCUGGGCAGACCAAUCGACCUGGCUUUCGCGUACACAUGCAAGCGCGCUGCCGACGAAAUGAGGGGCCUUGCACUGGAAGCGAACACCAUUACCGUUUCAACCUUUUACUCGCCAGACGAACGCCACAGAGCUAGAGACUUUGAUCUCGUCACCAUGAUGCUAAAUGAAGAACUGGAAAAUGCACUUCACUGUUCACAGCAUCUUCUCUGGGAUGAUACAUAUGAUGACAUAUCGGGGGCGUUCCCAGAGUUCACGCCCGUUCUCGACAUGAUCAGACAUGAUUCGUGGGGCAUAUCAACCAGGCAAGGCCCAUGGGGUGAACCUCACUCCGUUUAUCGAGAUUUCGUACGCUUCGCUUUGCGAGCCAUUCUAAGCACUAAUGACAGGCAUCGGCUCAAUGACGACUUCACGGAACUCUCAUACAACAUAAAUGACACCCAACACCUUCUCGAUAUGGAGCCGAACCCUUGGACCAUUCCAAGGCAACAUGAUCUCCGACAGAUAAUGGAUGCGCUCGGCGGGAAACAUUCAAUAAGAAAGUUUGGUCUCGAAAGAUUCUGGAUGGGCCCUGAAUGCGCCAGACGUGCCAUGUUUCGCUAUUCCGCAGCCGCUGUUGCCAUUCGGUUCCUGGAAUCCAAUACGCCUGCGACCCGAGCGCACAUGAGGGACAUCGUGCUGAUUGAAGAUCAGGAGUCUGUUUCAAAUCCCGAGUGUCACGCAAUGGGGUUGAUACCUUAUUGUCAAGAGAAUCCCGAGUUGCGGAUAGAGCGACGUGUCAGCCUGUGGCGGAACGCUUUUUUUCAUCUGCCGGGGGAAGCACUUGGUGAGCGGACACACCAAGACUACAAUCUCGGUCUAGACGCUAAUAAGAUCUCUUACGCCGUCGCCCGCUGGGUUAUUGAGGUAUUGCCACUCGUCCCCGCCGGUAUGCCCGCCAAAUCAUUUACGUUGGUCUUGGAUGGAGAGGGUGAGCCGCAGUGUUCGGAAAUUUUCCAGACUGUCGUUCUGCGCGAUGCUGCGUGGCAGCAGGCGAUGGAAGAAUGUUUCCAAAGCGGCGCCCUUCCGUCAGAGCCGUAUGGGAUGAGGAGAAAUACCCAGAGGACUCCGUUACUCGGCUUCUUCCCCGCCUAUAACAACUGUUAUCUGUUUGACAAGUUCCCGCAGGUAAUGCAAGAAAUCGUCGACGGGACGUCCAUAGUUCGUUGCAACUUUGGCACUGGGGACUUUGUGGACACGGAGCCAUUCAAGUUGGUCGCGAAGAAGGGGUUAUGGAGCGUAGAUCACUGGAGAUUCCACUGGUACGAACGUCAGAAGAAGACCUAUCAGCCUUCUCCUCCGUUGCCGUCGUGGAGCGACAUCAAAUCUGGCUAUCUCUCUGAUCGCCAUGUUGCAUUCACGCCCUCUCUGACUGAAAUGAUGUCAAGCUCUUCCGCCCCUCAGGGCCUGCGGUGGUAG